AUGGACGCUUCCAAAGAAACAACAGGAUCUCCGGCUGUCGAAGCCCAGGAACAAGAGCUCGAACACACCCAGGCCCUCAAUGCGCUAAAGGACACCUACGGAGCAACCUGGGAUGGCCCCGAUGAUCCUCAAAGCCCCUACAACUGGACCCUGACGCGCAAAAUUUCCAUCGCCAUGGUGGUGUCGUGUGCCCAGUUGGCCGGUCUCAUGUCCGCCAGUAUGAUGGCCGCAGCCCUGGGCCAAAUCGCGCAGGAUCUGGGAAUGAGUGAGCUGGCCACGCAGAUCGCCUUCUCCAUCUAUAUGCUAGGCGUAGGCUUGGGCCCGUUCCUGGUCGCUGCUUUGUCGGAGAUGUACGGUCGCAAACCGGUCUGGAUAUCCUGCAACGUCUGGUACAUCCUGUGGAAUAGUCUCUGUCCUGUUGGAAAUUCCCCGGGGCUGAUGAUGACCGGGCGGUUUCUCGCUGCGAUUGGAGGCUGCGUGGGCGUUGCUCUAACAGGCCCCAUCAUGGCCGACAUGUUCCACGCCAAAGACCGUGGCAAAUCCCUGGCCCUGGCCACGCUCAUCCCCUUCCUCGGCCCAGCACUAGGCCCCAUCAUCGGUGGCCUCGCAUCCCAGCACCUCCACUGGCACUGGCUCUUCUGGAUCCUAUCCAUCUUCGACGCCGUCGUCCUGGCCGUGGGCAUCCUCGUCAUCAAAGAAUGCUACACUCCCAUCCUGCUGCACCGCAAAGCCCGCGCCCACAACCCCAACCACCAGCCCCUCCAUGCAGUCGGUGGCCUCCUCUCGCAGCUUCGCAGGAACCUCUACCGCCCCUUACACAUUCUGAUCCACCGCCCCAUCAUCCAGCUCCUCGCCCUCAUCUACGCCCUCGACUUCGGCAUCUACAUCCUCAUGCUCUCCACCUACGCCUCCCUCUGGAUCGACCACUACGGCCAGUCCCAAACCAUCAGCUCCCUCAACUACAUCGCCAUCGCCGUCGGCACCACCCUCGCCGCCCAAAUAGGCGGCCACCUCAUGGACUUCAUCUACCGACGCAUGCGCGACCGAGCCACCCACGGCGCCCCGUCAACCCCCACGCCCGAGUUCCGCGUCCCCUACCUAAUCCCCAGCGUCGCGCUCAUCCCCGUCGGCCUGUUCUGGUACGGCUGGGCCGCUGAGAGCCACGCCCCCUGGAUCGUCGUCGACCUCGGCGCCGCCAUCUUCACCUGGGGCAGCUUCAUGAUCGGCCAGGGCUUGAUGGCUUACUUGCUGGAUGAGUUCACGCAUACGGCCUCCGCCAACGCUGCGAUGCGUCUGCUCUCGUAUAUCCUGGGCUUUGCGUUCCCCAUCUUCGCGCCGCAGAUGUAUAAGCGGCUGGGCUACGGCUGGGGGAAUAGUUUGCUGGCAUUCCUGUUUAUCGGAUUGGCGGCGCCGGCGCCUUUGGUGUUGUGGGUUUGGGGGCCUAGGUUGAGGGCGAUUGGGAGGGAGAAAGCGCCUUGA